AUGGCUACCUUCUUGAAACAACCCCUGAAAUUGGCUCUUAUCCAGCUCGCGUCAGGAGCUGACAAGGCCGCGAACCUUUCUCAUGCUCGGAGCAAAGUCCUCGAAGCUGCAAAGGCCGGUGCACGAUUGAUCGUUCUUCCAGAGUGCUUUAACUCACCCUAUGGCACAAAUUUCUUCCCAAAAUAUGCCGAGACCCUCCUCCCCUCUCCGCCUACGAUUGAACAAUCGCCCUCCUUCCACGCCCUGUCGGCCAUCGCCGUGGAGGCAAAUGCAUACCUUGUCGGCGGAAGUAUUCCUGAGCUGGAGCCUUCCAGUAAGAAGUACUACAAUACCUCGUUGGUCUUCUCGCCGACAGGCGCAUUGAUCGGCACUCAUCGCAAGACGCAUCUGUUCGACAUUGAUAUCCCGGGCAAGAUCCAGUUCAAGGAGAGUGAUGUACUUUCACCCGGCAACAAACUGACAGUCAUUGAUCUCCCGGAGUACGGAAAGAUCGGUCUGGCCAUCUGCUACGAUAUCCGUUUCCCAGAAGGAGCCAUGAUUGCCGCUCGUCAGGGCGCUUUCCUCCUCGUCUACCCGGGAGCCUUUAACACAACCACCGGUCCUCUGCAUUGGUCUCUCCUUGGUCGUGCCAGAGCUGUUGAUAACCAGUCAUAUGUGGCGCUCUGCAGCCCGGCCCGUGAUAUGGAUGCCGCCUACCAUGCCUAUGGUCACACUUUGGUCGCUGACCCCAGUGCAAAGAUUGUAUCUGAAGCUGAAGAGAAGGAAACCAUUAUUUACGCUGACUUGGAUAAUGAUGCGAUUGCGAAUAUCCGCAGUGGAAUUCCUAUCUCCACCCAGCGGCGAUUUGACCUUUACCCUGAUGUGAGUGCAGAGAUGUCCAACGUCAAGACCGGCAACAAGCGCUCGGCUAUCGCCGAUGUGGUGUCUCGCGAGUACACCAUCAACCUGCACAAGCGAUGCCACGGCGUCUCCUUCAAGAAGCGUGCUCCUAAGGCCAUCAAGGAGAUCCGCGCCUUCGCUACCCAGGCUAUGGGUACCAAGGACGUCCGCGUCGACCCCCAGCUGAACAAGAAGGUCUGGGAGGCCGGUAUCAAGGGUGUUCCUUUCCGUCUCCGCGUUCGCAUCUCCCGCAAGCGUAACGACGAGGAGAACGCCAAGGAGCGUCUCUACUCCCACGUCCAGGCUGUCAACGUCAAGGACCCCAAGGGUCUCCACACCACCACCGUCGAUGACGCUUAA